AUGGGCCCUAUGAGCCUUGGCCCAGAGGUGCAAGAGGUUUUAGGAAACAAUGUGCGGGGUGGCAAGGAGUGGUGUGGGCUGGACGGGGAUGGCGGGGACACAGGCUGCGGGGGUGUCGGGACGGAGGCGGGGGAGGGUUCCGACGCCGGGGACCAGCUGGAGGGGACGGACACAACUCCGGACGACGCUCUUCACCUCCAGAGACGGGUGGGACUCCUCAGUGGGGUGGCUCUAAUCGUCGGAACUAUGAUCGGGUCUGGGAUUUUCGUAUCGCCGUCUGGCUUGUUGAUCCGCACGGGAUCGGUCGGGAUGAGUUUCGUCAUCUGGAUAGCAUGCGGCGUCUUGUCGCUUUUAGGUGCACUGGCCUACGCUGAGCUGGGAACUAUGAACACGAGUUGUGGUGCCGAAUACGCGUACUUCAUGGACGCGUUCGGUCCACUUCCAGCAUUCCUGUUCUCUUGGGUAUCCACACUGGUGCUCAAACCCUCUCAGAUGGCCAUCAUCUGCCUCAGCUUCGCCAAGUACGCUGUUGAAGCCUUCGUCUCCGAGUGUGAACCACCCGACACUGUCGUUAAACUGGUCUCUGUACUGUCUAUAUUGGUGAUCAUGUACAUCAACUGCUACAGUGUGAACCUGGCGACCGGAGUUAUGAACGCGUUCACAGCUGCAAAGCUGAUCGCCAUCCUCAUAGUCAUUAUUGGAGGCGCAUGGAAACUACUAGAAGGUAAUACACAAAAUCUAGAACAGCCGUUCCAAGGGACGACUUCGUCCAUUGGCAACAUCGCAACAGCCUUCUACACCGGGCUGUGGGCGUACGACGGCUGGAACAACUUAAACUAUGUCACGGAAGAAAUAAAAAAUCCAUCAAAGAAUCUUCCUAGAGCAAUAAUCAUCGGCAUCCCACUAGUGACGGUCUGUUACGUGCUGAUAAACAUCUCAUACUUAGCCGUAAUGUCUGCGGCAGAAAUGGUCGAGUCAGAGGCGGUUGCUGUUACUUUUGGCAACCGAAUCCUCGGCCUCAUGGCAUGGCUGAUGCCUUUGUCCGUCACAAUUUCAACGUUCGGCUCAGCCAACGGAACUCUCUUUGCAGCUGGAAGACUGUGUUUUGCAGCCAGCAGAGAGGGACAUCUGAUGGGGGUCCUGUCUUAUGUGCAUGUAAGGAGGAUGACACCUGCCCCUGGACUAAUAUUCCAUUCACUCAUAGCAAUAGCAAUGGUGCUGUCAGGGACAAUCAACUCCUUGAUAGACUUCUUCAGCUUCACGGCUUGGAUCUUCUACGGAGGAGCGAUGUUGGCGUUGAUAGUGAUGAGGUUCACCAGACCAAACUUCCCCAGGCCCUACAAGGUGCCUAUUAUCAUUCCAGUUUUGGUCCUGGUAAUCUCUACGUAUCUCGUCAUAGCUCCCAUCAUAGACACACCCCAAGUCGAGUACUUGUACGCGUGUCUCUUCAUCAUAGCAGGCCUCCUGUUCUACAUACCCUUCGUACACUUCAAGUACAACCCAGCCGUCUUAGAUAGUGUCACAGUAUUCUGUCAACUACUACUAGAGGUGGCCCCUACCCAGAGCGUAGUCUAUGAUUAAUACGUCAUCGUCUAUCUAUGGGUGUCUAAUUAAGUUUUAUAAUAGUUACUCUACAAAAGUGGAAACCGGUUUUGUACAAGAUGAUUUUCAUCGAGGCUGUGCAAUUUGAACAAUUAAAAUUAUUUAUCAAAGGUGCAUUUAAUCAUGGAACAGGAUUUAUAUUUUAUCUAAAAAUAUAUCAUUUUUACAAGUGGUAAAUUUUUACCCAUACGAAGUAUAAAUUUCAUUUUUAAAUAUUGAAAUUUUAUCAGUAAAGAUUGCGUUGUUGUGACAUAAGAAAUAAUUUUUGUUUACUUAAAUGAGCAUAUUGUUUGACAUUUAGAGAACUAACUAGAGAUGUAAUCUGUGAUAACGAAACUAGACUUAAAAUUUAGAAGAAUUAUUCUUUCUAAUACAAAUAGUUUUGAAUCCAACUAAAUUGAUUCAAUGUUAUCACCCAAUUUUAUUACAGUUAUUACUUGUUGAAUAACAAUUUCGCAAAGCUUUCUCAUGUUAUAGUGCAUACUUAACAAAAUUUUCUUGAAACUUAGUAGAGAAAAGAUAUUUUUCAAAGUUUUUCAUUGUCUUAAAAGUAAACAAAAUAAAUUGCUAAAAUGAACUUUUAACAAAGCAGUAUAAAAAAGAUACCAAUCAGUGCCAGAAAUCUCUCUAUCUAUUUAAUAGAUUUAUUUUUUUAUACCUACCCUCAACAUACAGAUUUGAAUAGCAAGAAUGUAGAAAUGUUUUUGAAUGUACAGGUAAAAAGUAAAAAUCAAAUAAAAGUAUCUUUCUUUUAUGUUUUUUAGUUAGCAAAAUGAAAUAAAAAACGCAAGUCAGGUAAAAAGUACACCUUUUCAAAAAUAUUUUUUUGACAUAAACGGUUCAAAAUUUAUUCACAGAAGCAGACAUAUCAGUCUUAUUUAAAAAUUAGUGAAAGAGGCAUUUUUAUCGAGCAAUUUUACACGUGAUUCGGUUAGACAGUAUGCUGCGUGAAACGAGGUUAAAGAUUACGGAUAAUUAUUAGAAAUACCUUACAAUAUCAAUCCAAGCAAUGACUAUUCUUAGUUAGCCCGUCUAUCUAUGUCUGUCUUAUACUUGUGCUGUCUCUUUUUUGUAUCUUUUAGUAAAAUAUGUCUAUUAUCUUUGUUUUAUGCUCUUGUUGAUAAACAGAAUAAUUGUAAUUUUUAUAAUGCUGUUUUAUAUCAAUCGAAUGUAAGAAUGUUACCAAACGGUUACUUGGAUUUCCCACCGAAAUAUCCAGAGGGAAUUCACAACUAAGUAUUGCACUCGGGUAAUUAAGUUGUUGGAAGAAUUUAUUAUUUUGUUACACAAGUGUUAAGUUAUUUUGAAAUAAAAGUUUUGUUAAUAAAAAUAA